AUGGAUCGAGUCAGGGCUUUGAACCACACCAGCACGUGUCCCAACCUGCUGGAGAGGAAGAACACCACCGACUUUUCCAGGCUGGAGCUGGGACACUGCCUCUUCACCUCCAUCCUCCCUUCAGAGACAGCAGCGCAGGUGCUGGUGUGCAUCAUUGUGAUGCUGACCAUCUUCUCCCUGCUGGUGAACGGCUGCGCCCUGCUGGGUCUCGGCCGCUCUGAGGACCUGUCCUGGGAGCCUCGCUUCACCUUGCUCAAGAACCUCAUCCUGAGCGACCUCCUGCUCGUCCUGAGCGAGAGUCCCACCAUCAUUGCCUGCUUGUUGAUGAGGCGCACCUUACCGUAUGGCCCCUGGUGCCUCACCCAGUACUUUCUCGACACCAUGUGCAUCUUCUGCGCCAUCCUGACCAUCACCUGCAUGGCACUGGAGCGCUACCUGUACGUCUGCCAGGCCAUUUAUUACCUCCACAUCCUCACCUACAAACGGCUCUGUCUCAUCGUCGGGCUCACCUGGUUGCUCUCGGGGUCCGCUGCCACGGUGAACAUGAUCCUCAUGAGUCUAGGGCACAAGGCUGCCUUGGUGGGGACGUCCACCACUGGGCUCCUGUGCGAGCCGGACACGCUGGAGAUCCACCUGGGCUUUCCCCGCUCCGUGGCAAUCUUCCGCAAGGUGUCAGGGUUUGUAGUGACCAUGCUCUGCAUCUUCUCCUACUCGUUCUCCUACUUUCGCAUAUACCAGGAGGCGCGGAAUGUGGUGCAACCCUUCCAGCAGGUGAAUCACAGGGCGCGCAACACUGUGCUCUUCUACUGCUCCAUGCUCCUGCUCCAGCUGCUCCCCGUGCUCCUGAAGAUCAUCUCGGAUGCCCUGUGGGAGCUGGAGGGCACCGCAACCAUGGCCUCCAUGCUGAUGGACUCUCCAGGAUGGACCCCAGCAGGGGUUCUGCACAUCACACUGCUGGUUCUUCUGCAGGUGCCUCCGUGCAUCAACCCGCUGAUUUAUGGACUCCGCAACCAGGAGGUGCGGCAAGCUCUACCCAGGCUGAUCUGGUGGAGGAAGGGGCACCAUGAGGUGAACAUACCCAGCUAA